GAGCGGGCACCGGCGGGGCGGGACGGGGGGACUGCCGGGAGAAGACGGACACGGGCGGGGCGGGAGAACGGCCGGAACAGAGCGGGCACGGGCGGGGCUCUCCGGUUCUCCCUGGUUCUCCCCGGCGGUUCCGAGGCGCGAUGAUGCUGCCGGAGCCGCAGGCCGGCUCGCCGGACUGUCCUGACCUGCUGCAGCACGUCCCAGCGCUGCCCUCGCCGUCCACCCCGCUUUACCUCAGCUUCUUCGAGGAAGAGUGUCGCUCCAUUGCUGCCCGCCUGCGCCUCGGGGCGGCCGCGGAGCCCUCGCCGGGCCUGGGAGAGCUCAGCGGGCUGCAGCCCAAGACCCUCGGACCCGCCACUUCUACUCCGCUGCCCUUACCGAGCCACGGGCGGGUCCCAGACUCGAGCGCGGGCGAUUCCGAGGCUUCUGCUGCCCCUAGCCCGGCCCCGGCCCCAGGGGAGCCCGGGCGCCUCCCGCAGCCCGCGGCCUGCGGUGGCCCCGGCGCCUGCCCCGCUCGCCUGCCCACUCUGUCCCGGCUGGCGCGGCGCAGUCCCGGACAGCUCUCCGGCGGCGGCCCCAGCACCCCUGCCCGCUCCCCGGCCCGCGGCCGCGCCAGGCUCGCGCUCCCCCGCACACGGGCCUGGCUGGGGCUGCAGCUCCCCGCGGCCGGCACGGGGCGCGGCGCCUGGGAAACGCGGCUCCUGCGGCCCCCAGGGACCAGGCUGAAGCUGACAUCGCCUGCUAGGUCCAGGCUUCAACGUGCCCGCGGGGCUUUGCAGCAGGCACAGCCUUCCAGCCUUCCCAAACUCGCCCCACCGGACAGAGGGAAGAAAAGUAAUUCUGCACCUGCCAGUUGCCUCGCGCGAAGCAGGGAAGCACCUGCUGCCAAGGUUGGGAGUUGUAAACAACCCUCCUCAAAGCUUCCUACAGGAAUUCCUACUGUGGCUUCCCGCUCCUCACUGCGGCCUCUGGAAAAAGUGAUUUUGUCCAAGCAUUUAUGCCUCAAUAAAGAAUCAACUAGAGAGGAGCUGGUGUGCAAUAGGACCCAAGAGCUGAAGGAAAAUGAUGAGAGCAAAGAAAGGCUGGUUGCAGCAAGCAUUGUCUUGGGAGCAGGUAGAAAUAACCAGACCUGGGAGUAUGUGGAGUCCUCUUUGUCCAGUGAGUUGUCCUCUGGCCUGACUUCAGGGUGUGAAGAUGCAGUCCCUGCUGAGCAGUCUGCAGGUGAUCAGCUGUCCCAGGAACUGGAGCGUGUGAAGAAAGAGCUGGAACGAGUGAAGGGCGAGCUUGCUGACAAGACUGCCCAGUGUGAAGUCUAUCAGCAGACAAUCUCCUCCUUGCAGGCUCAGCUCAGAGCAGCAGGGCUUCUGGCUCCCUUUAUGGGCUGGAGCCAUCUCCUACCCUCCUUUGAUGCUGGCUAUGUGUGCCUUGCCACUAUUUGCCUUCCUGCUGCUCCUGUUGAGACACGCACUUGGCUUGUUCUGUGCCUCUGCCUGCUCCCAGCCCUGAGCCUGUGCUGCUGGAUCAAGGCCCUGGAUGAUGGGAGUGGGGAGCAGUAAGACUGGCAGGUGAGGAUGGGACGCUGGGAAGACAUAUGUGGAGCUGCACGUGAGGUUUGGGAGCUGGAAAUGUUCUGGUGUCCUGAUAAUGCUCCUUUCUGGAAACUGCCUCCCAACGCCUGAUGUUGCAAUAAGGUUUCUGGAAAUAGGGAAAUAAUGUAAUCUGCCCCCUCACUGUUCUGGGUACCCAGUGUCUGCUUGUCUGGGACAGGGUGACCCUGCUUGGAGUCCUGCUAUGACCGUGGUGCUGCCGAUCCUGAGAACAUUCUCGGCGAUGGUGCUGCCCAGGUGGGUCCUUGCUGGCAGCCCUGGAACGAGUGGAACUGUCUGAGUAGUGACCUUACUUCGUCAUGGGGUCAGGGGCGCUGCAGUUCCUCGAUUCUGAGAAGCGGAGGAAGAGCUUGCGUCACUUCCAGUUAGAAGCAUGAGCUGGUGUUUCCAUCACCGCAUACUCCCGCCCGGAGGAUGUGGGGGAGGCAGCCGCCUGGCACUCCCGCCUGCCCUGCUCUGCAAGAGACUGAAAAGCUUUUUGCCUCUAUAGCGCCAAUGCCGGAGCAGGGCAUUGCCGAUGAUGCCGGCGAGGGGCUGGCUUCCCUCUCCGAGCUGCCACUUUGAAUGGGCGCUCACGACACGCAAGCACUGGAUUGCACCAGGCGCGGCCCGCCGACGAGCGGGUCCCAGCUUGAGUGCUGGACAGGAUGGUGCUGGCCCCUGCCUCGCUCCUGGCUGCCGAACAGUUCUCCCAGGACUGGCGUUUCCCAUCACUUAGUGCCUGUUGCUCCCAGGACUGAGGGGUGUAGCGGAGCGCACGGAGGUGGGGGAGAAUCACCGCACAAGCCGCGGGCGGAGCUCCGCUCGCAGCCCCUGUAGCGGGCUGGCCUCUCCUCCUCGCCUCGCUCCCCGCCGCGGGGGCCAAGGCCGGGGCAGGCUCGGUUCUCAUGGCACAGUUGGACUCGGGGGAUCCUCAGCCUCUCCCUCCGUGGCGUUCC